AUGGCUCAGCAGUUUUUUGGAAAUUUAGGGUCCAAGACAUUACAGUCAACACCUAAAGCCAGUCAUCAGCACCAUGCAUCAGCAAAGGUGUCAGAUGAUGGGAAUAACUCAAUAGGUGAGACGCUGUCAUAUGGUACACUGGAUGAGAGCGUCGAGCAGCAAAGUGAGGACUCUGGUAUCUGCGUUUCAAAAUCCUCAACUGGAAGUUCACCGAUCAACAGUACUGGGGAAGAUGUUGCGGUGCAGUCUCCAACAAAUUCAAGAAUCGAUGAUAUUGGAAAAAGAGCACAGGAUCUUAUCGAGAGGAUCAAUGAGAGACGGGCCAUGGAUCAACAUGUGAUGAACAGCUUUGAAGAGAAACUCAUAAAAAAGGUGGGUGAGAUAUGUCAGCAGGUUAAGGAGCAGAUGUUUGACUAUUAUGAACAGCACAGUCAGGGGAUGCAGGCCAGCAUCACUGAUCUGUCUGAGGUUUUGGAGAGAAGCAGUCAGCUCAGCAUGGAGUUACAGGGAGCCAGUCAAACCCUUGAAGCCAUUAAUAAAGGCCUACAGCAAAGCACAGAGCAGUAA